CAUUAUCUCCGAUUUAGUUGUUUUCCGACCGAGCAACUUGAAGGUUCUACAAUGAGAUCUCUGUGUUUUGUCUUGCUGCUCGUUUGGUUUUCAUGCCUAAGCGAAGCUAAAGCAAAAGUGUCUUGCAAGGAUGAAUCAGGCAACGAUGUGGAUUGGUGGCAUCUGUACAAGCUGCCCAAGCACUACCAGCACAAUGAUUUGGGCAAGGACACCAGUGGCCUGAAGUACCUGUAUGUGACCAGCCAGAGCUACGACACCUGGCAGAUGUCCGGGAAGUUCAUUAGCGAUCCCUUGUCCCUGCCAGCCCAGACCCUUAACCCCCUGAAUGCCGAUCCCAAUCACACCCUGCUGGCCGCCUACAACGAUCAGCUGCCGAAUGGCACUGUUUUCAGCAGCGGAGGACAUGCCAAAGGAGUGGUGGCCAGUGAUGGAGAACAAGCCAUUUGGCUGGUCCACUCGGUGCCCAAGUAUCCCACCGUUCCCGAUUACUCGUAUCCCGAGUCCGGUGAGAAUUACGCCCAGAGUAUGCUCUGCAUCACGCUGAAGGCCGAGGAUCUGGAGAAGGUGGGUCAGAUCUUGGUCUACAAUGAGCCGCACUUCUACUACGAACGCAAUCCGCUGGUCAGUCGCUCCGAUGAACUGUUCCCGAGCUUGGAAAGAGCUCUACAUGGCCAGUGGCGCACGGAGUCGCCUUUCCAAAAGGACGUGGAGCUGCGCAGCUUGGGUGGCAAGAAGUUCCGGCUGUUCGGAAAGAGUGGACGUGCCAAUGUGGAGCUAUAUGCUGAUGUGGUGGCCCCCGCCCUGGAUGUCACCCUUUACGUGGAGGCUUGGCGCGAUGGUGCCGGCAAUUUGCCAAAUAGCUGCGAGAAAUCCGACAAGGUCCUCAACGUGGAGUCCAUUUCCAAUACGGAGCUAUCGGUGGACUUCAGGACCACCCAGGAUCACUCCAAGUGGGCGGUGUCCCGUCCCUCGGGCAUUUUGAUCUAUCACUGGCGUGUUGGCGGUGGCGAUUGGAUUUGCGUGGGCGACAUCAACAGACAACAGGGUCAGUUGAAGAGGGGCGGUGGAACUGUGUGCCACAAGAGCUCGAGGGUCUCGAAUCUGUACCGCCAGCUGGUUGCCAAUUACGACAAGUGCGCCGAAGAGUAAUUGGAUUCGUUCCUGAUUUCACUAAUAUGCCUUAGAAAUAAAGAAAAUUGAGCAUAA